CCACAGAUGAGUUAGUGUUUCUCAUUCUUUUUGCCUCGCCAUGAAGGCAGGCCGUCGAGCCAUCAAUUCCAGUAGAGGUCGAGUAUUUCAGGCACCAAUAGCGAAGCGCAUUGCUGGACUGUCAUGUCUUGACCUCCGGAAGGAUAUUGUGGAAUCCAGCCGAAAACACAUUCGGAUGCGUUCCGUGUGGCAUCAAUAUGUCCAAGAAGUGUGUAAGCGCAUGAAUAACGUGGAAUCGGAUAAUGAAGCUAGUGAGCAGGAUAAAUUCACACCUACUGAUAUAUCACUUAUACUCUCGGCAUUCGCCAGUGCUCGCAAGCAUGACACACGUUUAUUUAACAUCCUUCUAGAGGCCGUGGACUCAAGCAUCGAUGGGUACUACCUUCGUGACUUUGCAGUGCUUUACAAUGCACUGGCAAAAGUAGGAGUACGAGCUGACGAAAUGAUCAACAGCUUCAGCGUCAGUAUCGAAAACAAAUUGACCGCCAAAUCGUCAGAGAAGGACCUCGCACUGCUGCUCAACGCACUUUUGGAAUUGAAUGUUCGUGAUAUACAUGGCAUCUUCGUCAAAACAUCGCUAAUUAUAUCCUCCAGGAUUAAGUACAUUGCUAACUGCCAUACCCUAACACUGCUGCUGUACUCCUAUUCCCGGUAUAAAGGCUUCGUUCCUAGGAUAUCAUUGGGCCCAGAAACCAGUAACAGUGGACUGGGCGAUGGUAACGUGGAUAGUUCCAAUCUAUCUGGAACUCACCAGGAAGCUGUGGAUCAUAGGGACACCUCAUCCCCUGAGGAGACCCUCAUUACCGAGACCACGUUGUCGCUUUUAGGACGCUGCGCUGACCUAAUGUUAUCCAUGCAGGCAACGGAUAUACUGUAUUACUAUAAGUCAGCUCUUAACCUGAUAUACAAGCAUGAUACUGGCAUCAAGCAGCAUUUGUACGCAUCUAUAGCAAAUAUACACAAGGCGCACAUACGAAUCUCAGAACGGUUACUCGAGUUCGAGACGCGUGAGUUAGUGACUUUGCUCCAGCGGCUGCAACAGUCGCUCUCAAUGCUCGAAGAUACAGAUCCUGACAGCCCACUAUGGCCCGUGAAUAAUGAAAUACAAACUCGGGUACCUCAACUAGAAGAAUGCGUCCGAAACGAAUUGGCAUAUCGCACCUCAACAAUGUCAUUCACCGAGGCACUAGGGUACCUCAAAUGUCUACCAGAUGAUGACCACAGGUCUGCACUAGUAUACCGAAGGCUAUGUUACAAACUAAAUAAAAUAGUUGAUAUGACGUCAUGGGAUAGCUGUAACAAGACGGAUUUAUGGGAGUUGGCCACUUGUCUCUAUCGACGUAGCGUGCUAUACAGCAGUACGGAGCUGCAGCAAUUGGUGGUAGCACUCAAUCGCAGUAUUACUGGCACUUUAAAACUUAAAGAAGUUGACCUCUUGUGCAAACUGUCCGCAAAAGUGGGAGCUAAAUCAACACCGCUACAGAAAAAGGUAAUGUCAGUAUUGUGCAGAGCUGACUGCCUGCAACCGACCCAAGCCGCCUCUAUGGUCUUUAAUCUAGUGGCACUGGGAUAUAUCCAAGGACUGGAGCAGAUCCUAGCCGCGUGUGCCAAUAUAAACUCGCCAGAAGAAGCGCUUAUGGUAUUAUCGGCAGCUGCUAUCCUAAAGGUCAAUGGGCUAAUCAAUGUCGACUCCAGUCUUCUGGAAUCCAUGAUACACAUAGUCAAUGGGACUGAACUGUCGAACGACCGCAGUAAGAAUUUGGUAGCACUACUCCGCGUAACAGGAAUUGCUAAUAUACACUGGUACCAAGGACCAUAUCGCAUGUAUCCCAGAAUGGUAGCCCCGGAUAAACACGUAGUAACACGAUCGGUUGACCUGAAACGUGGGAAUGUAAUUGUCAAUGCAGAUGUUAUAUCAGUGGAAUGUUGCACUAUGGAGAUACAAGAGGCAUUACAAGAGUUUGUCAAGAAGUUUGAUACUGGGACCAGAGUACUAAGGGACUAUAAUGCCGAUGGUAUCAUUGUGCCCAUAGUAGUCAGGUUGCCUACUAAAGACAAGGUUGCUAUAUUCCUAAUGGUUAACGACUGCUACUCUGGAGCACGACAAAUGCUGAGGCUUGAUGCUUACACCCAGCUGAGGCUACUAAGACAACGGGGUAUACAGGCAGUGUGCUGUCGCGCCGAAGAAUGGCUAACUAGCGAUCGUACGCAAUACAUAGCCCGCUUAGUAGAACGAUGCCAUCAUGUAGCGAAGGAAGAGUCACACACAGACCGUGAUUUAUCAAUAGAAAAGGAUACUAGAGCAGUAAUACCAAACACAACGUCAGCGAUAGACAGCUUCUCACGGCUACGUAUGCUAGUUGAAAAUAAUGUAACUAGCAUACACAAAUAGUUAUAAACAUUAUAUAUAAU